UUUUUUUGGUCUCACCUUAUAUUUCUCUAACUAUACACUAAUCAAUUACCUUAUAUUUCUCUAACUAUAAAAUAACCAAUGCUCUUAUUUAAUACUCAACUUACUAUAAUACACCAAAGAUUUAUACAUCAAUAUUAUUAAUUCAGAAUCAUUGAUAUAUUUUACCCCUAUUUUUUCUUGGAACAUUACUUUUGUACCACUAAACCUAUUAAAAGAAACAGAUUAUUUUAUAACUGAUUUAAUAAUCAUACAACCCACGAUCAUUUUUCUUUAACAAAAACAAUUAUUAUAAAAACAUUUGGAUUUAUGGUAAUUAAAGUCUGAACAAUACCAUGCUUUUAAUUCAUAUUAAAUGUUUUAUGACCCAAACUAACAUGAUACCAUUCGACGGUCAAAACAUAUUAACUUCCAAUUACGAUUAGAGAAAUAGUUCACAGUACAACAACAAGCUUAAUUAUAUUUUAAAAUUAUAGUUUUUUCUUUGAAAACCUUCUUAUGUUAUUUUUGUGAUAAAAAUCUUUUACAACUGGGUUUAUUAUGAGAAAGAGUUUUGUAUAAAUAUUUUCUCAGAAAAUUAUAGAAUUUUUAGGAUGUUUUUUAUGUUUAAAUAAAAUAUAUUAUUUAUUUUUAACAUUUAUAGGUAACUCAACUAUACUCAACUUAAUAAUAAUUUCAUUUAUAAAACUCAAAAAUUUAAUCUUAAUAUAGUCAUUAUAAAACCUAUAAACUAGAAUGUAUAAUAUAAAAAAAUGUAGUUUAUUCAAUUUUAUAUCUUAGUAAAAUUUAUAUGAGAAAUUUAAUCAAAUUUUGAAAAAUAUUAUCAUGUUAUUUUAGAUAUUUAUCAUGUCAUCUGGUAUAGAUUCACGAGUUAAUAUGAGUUUUAAAUUUUAAAGGAUUUUAAAUAAUAGAUUUUUAUUAAACUGAAACUAGAUUAUAUAUGGUGACUGCGUUUACUGGUUUGACUGUGGAUACCACUUAUUGGUGUUUUGGUUCCUUUUAGUAGAAAAUUAGACUGAAUGUUGAGGACUUAUUAAGAUAUUUUUUUAAUAUUUGAAAAAAAUGUUUGAGUAAUUUAUUUUUAUUGGAUAAUUCAGCUUAUAAAUAGUAUAUUUAAGAUAUUUAGUUAUUUAGAAAUUACAUAUAAUUAAUAUUUGUAGGUAUAUAAUUUGUAUUUUAAAAAUUCAGGUAUCUAUUUAUCUUGGUUCUAGAUAUACAUGAUAUGUUCGGUUAUUUAUAAAUUUUGGUUCAAGUUUAGUUUUAUUUUUUCAAUUUGGUACGGGUUGAUUAUUCCGUUCCGAAUAAUAUGGCCAAACUAAUAAACUAUCUUAUAUAAAAAUUUAUAUUAAAAAUUAUUAAAUUCAAAAAAUAAACCCGCGCUUUCUAAGCGCGGGUCAAAAUCUAGUUUUUAUUUAAACUUCUGCAGCUAACGAAAACAACAAAUCCAGUUAGCAGUUCCACAAAUUGAGGUGCUUUGAUAGGCAACGAAUUAGUGGUUCAAGUAUAGAAGAUAACUCCAAAAACGACUUUGUUCGAAAAUAUUGUUGUUUAAUUUUAGAGGAAAAUAGCAGUCUUUGGUUAUAUCCUCUUCGAUAGCCUCUCCGAUCUUCCCGGCUAACCAGACGUUUCGGAGUUUUCUUUCAUUUCCUCUGAUAAUUCCAGCAAAUCCCGAGAAAAUCAUGUAAUACAGUUUUUUUUUUUUGUUAAACUCAUAAUACAGGUAUUUUCUUCUAUCUCCAUCCUCCUAUUUCUACUUGUCACCCACACAUUAUUUUGUACUUUCUCGUCUCCUAGGAUCUUCAUGAUUUGAUUUACAACAUAACCAGAAUCAAUGAUGAGUGACCUAUAUGGGUCAAUCUUCACUAGAUUCUGUUUUCUCUGAGAAAUCAUCUUUCUCUGAGACGUUUAUCUCGCUUACAAUCUGAAGAACCCAUAUCGUUCUUUCUCUUUUACGUGUUUUCGGUAUGACUCGUCGUCACGUGAUAUUGAUAUCUGACGAAAGAAGCUCUCCGCCCAUGACAACGAAGAUGAGCAAACACGCGAAGAGGAGGAAGGUGGGAGAAGUAGCGGGAGGAGCGGCGGCAGAGUGCGCGGCGGUGUGCUGCUGCUGCCCAUGCGCGGUGGUUAAUUUGGUUGUUUUGGCUGUUUACAAGGUUCCCGCGGCUGUUUGUAAGAAAGCGUGGAAACGUAGCAAACGUCGACGUUUUAUGAUGAAACGACAUGGUUUGCUUGCUUCAGCGGGGGCGAAAGGGAGCGAGAGCACCGUGCAUGCAAGAUUGAAGGAAGAAGAUCUAACGGCUGAGAUUGUUGUUAUUGAGGAAAACGAAGCGAAUUGCCAACCAAACGAUGUUAUCAUGCUUGAGGAUGAAAUGUUGGAACAUUUUUAUGGGGCGGGUUUUUGGAGAAGCCCGUCACAGAGGGAUACGUCAACGGGAAAAUUUUAAAUUCUGUGAACUUUGUGAGAGAAUAAUAGUAUUUGAUUUAAUAUAUACAGUAUUUGACUUUGAUAAUUAUGUGGGUAUGUGAAUAGAACAAAAAAAACAUAGCAGUAUUUAUGCUUUUAAUUUUGUUUGAUUCAAAUAUAAUGUUUACAAUUCUUUGGUUGCUUGGAUGUUUUUGGAUUUAGUUUGGGAUUUGAGUGGUUUUUAUGAUACUAGAUUCUAUAAAAUUAUAGAUAUUCGGAAAAUUUCGGUUCAAAUUGAGAUAGCGAAUGAAUCAAAAUUUACAAAAUUUUGCACCCUAAUAACUAUAUUUGUAGCUAAAAUAUUCUUUAGUUUUUUUAAUCUCUGUAUUCGUCUGUCACUCCAACGAUUUUAUUUGAUGACAUACAUAUAUAUGUCAAAACACAUGAGACAUGACACACCACACAUGUACUACCUUUAAUUUUCUUAGAGAUCAUCGACCAGAAAACCAGUGUGUCCGAUAUCUGGUUAACAUCAAACCAAUACACACCUGGAACUGAAUCACCAAAAGUAGCGCUAAACCUAAAUUCUAACGUCCCAACUUUGUAGGGAUAUGAUUUUUAUAAAUCUUUCUUUUUUUUUUUAACAAGAUUUUUAUAAAUCUUUCUUAUAUUCGUAAAAGGACUUUGUAUAUAUAUAAAUAAAAGCUUGUAUCCUUAUUGGCAAACAUAGGAUUGAAAAAGAAGAUGAAUAGCGUUGAAGCAGAAGAAAGAUCUGCAGAAUUUCUAGACAUGGCCAGAUCUUUGUUUUGGUUUGAGCGUUUGCUUCUCUCCGUGAUACUUCUCUUCUCCUCCAAUGGAGUCUCAUUAUUUAUCGGUCCUCUCCUUUUCUCCACUACCUUUUGCGCAUUACUCUUACACUGGUUAUGCCGUAAAAACUCUCCUGCAGACCGCUCUGGUGUUACUACUAGCCGAAUCUGGCUGUUUCUGUCCGACCGGUUCGUGUUUCUGGCGGCUCUAGGCGCUUAUAAGGCCGUCUGGCUUUUGCGUCUCACCGUUUUUAUUGCCGUCGCGGUUCACUAUGUUUACAUCAUCCAGUACCUUGAUAUAUCUUAUAAAACCCAUCUCGCCGAACUGAGAGGGAUUGAUGAUGACUCUAGUGAGGAAGGAGAUGUGAGCAAGGAGCUGGAGAAGACGAGGGAGUUAUUAGAAGAUUUGAAAGAGCAUGGAAAGAAGAUUGAUACAGAAAUGGAGUUUAUAGACCACCUUAUCAAUCCAGAUCUUGAAACACAUAGAAGAAACUUGUCCGUAAAACUCAUAGCGUUACGUAAAGAGACGAGAGAUGUUGGAGGAAAGAUAAGAACAUAUAAGGAGUUGAUGAGCAUUUUUGUCAACUCAGAACUUACUCUAAGAUCUAAGGUUGAAGAGGAUAUAAAAGCUUCGAGAGAAGUUGCAUCUCUAGCCGACCAAGUUCAUGAAGCCUACUUUGUGAUCCAAGAAACUGCCAAAGCGGCGAAAACAACAUCUGACAGAGCUUAUCUAACCUACUUAUUUGCGCAAGAAAUCUCUGCACAAAUUCAAAACAAGAGAUGGAUGAUAAGAUUAGAUAUUGAGGGGUUGCCAGAGCUUAGAGAGGAAGUGAGGCGAAUGUCGUUGCAAUUUGCUGCUAGAAGAAUGGAGGCGAAGGUUGCUGCCGACAGAGCCGCCGAGGAGUUUUCAAAUGCAAGGGUGAAGCUGAUGGAGGCGGUCGGGAUCCAACAGUGGGAGGAGUACAAAAUCGACUAAGUCUUGCAUUAUAUUUAAGUGAUAAGUAAUAUUUCUCUCUAUUAUGUUAUACUCGAGGAAUUUCAUUUUCAACCGGUGUUGGGUCAUAGUUUAGUGGAGGGUUUUGGGUUUUUACCAAAUUUAUCAAGUUUUUAAUUAAUGAGUUUUCAUUAACUCUGAACCAAAUUAUAUACGGUACUGCAUUACGGUCAAAAUCGGGUAUAAAAACACCGAAUCAAACUUAAAAUAAAAAUUCUGAUAAUUAUUUUCAUAUAAUUUUUAAAUUUUGAAUACAAAAUUUAGUGAAUAAAAAAUUUAGUGCGUAGUACAAAUUACAAUUUCUUCAAAAUCCAAAAAAUUAUCACACAUAUAAAAAUAAUUUAAAUAAAUUAUGUACACAUGUUAAACAAGAAACAAUAUACAAAUUACUAUAUUUUUCGAAAGAAAUAAUUUCACGUUUUUAAAGCGCAUAUCAAAAUCUAAUUUCUUUUUAUUAUGUUACUCAAGGAAUUCCAUUUUCAAGUUUGUGCUUUUUGAUUUUCAUAUAGGCUUAUUUGAUGGGUGCUCCUUAGUCUUGUACAUAUAUUGAUUUUAGGGCCCCCUUGAUUUUAGUGGAACUUAUUUGCUUAUCUAUCUACCUUCAAAUUCUCCAAUAUGUUGUUAAAUGAUUAGUUUUUAUUGCUUUAUUAAUUAAUAAACUAGUAGGAUAAAAAAAAUUUACAUUGAUAAUUGAUAUACAUUUAGACACAAUUACAAUAUGUAGGACACUUAUUUAAAUAAAGUUUCUUUAUUAGCCUUCUAAUCUAGUAUUUUACUAAUUACUAGAGUAAACCCUCCCUACGGGCUGGCAAAUAAAAUAAAAAUUAUAUAAAAUUAUUUUAAAUGUUUAAUGUAAGGUGUACUAACGUUCAUAAGUUUUUCUAAAUAAAUUUAACUAUCCAUUUUAAAUUAUGUACUUCACUAAUUAUUAUAAAAUUGUUAAAAUAUUUUUAUACAUUUUUGAGAAAAAAACUAAAGAUCUUCAUGAUUUUAAAAAUUAUCUUAUUCAUUAUAACUAAAAAUAUUUAAAAAUGGAUGAUAUGAAAGUAUCGUUACUCUUUAUACAUAUACAUUUUUUGAGAAAGGGUGUACAUGUACAUUUUUUUGAGAAAUGGUAUAUUUCUAGAAUUGGACAUGUGUCAUGUAUUUAAAUAAACUUUUAUUCCUUUUGUUCUAUAGCUUUUUAUUUUUGACAUUUAUGUGUUCUUAUUAUAUUAAUUAUUUUCCAAAAUUAUUAUUUGUUGAAUAAGGUUUUUAUCGAGCUCAUUUUAAUAUUAUUUAUUUUUACAACAAUAUUACUUUUUUAUUUAUUAGAUUCUGUUAUUUUCUUAACUACUUUUCUAAAAAAGUUUGAUUAGUUAUUAAUAUUUUGGCAUGGUUUUUUUUGUUAAUUUUCUGAGAUAAGAUUCACUUUUGUGUGGGCUUGAUAAAAUAUGGAAAUGUUAUAUUAUCAAUGUAUUUUUUUAGUAUUACUAUUUCAAAAUUUCUUCACUUAUUUUAAUAUUUUAUAUUUUUUAAUAUGUAUUAUGUAUUUCUAAAUAAAUUAUUAUUUGUUGAUAGAAAAAUUGAUGUCAACCAUUUGGUUAAAUUAAAACGCCUGAUAAUAAUGAACAUUUAUGGAUUAUUAAAUAUUAAAUAUCUUGUUAAUAGAUUUAAUUUAAAUUAUAACAGAAUUAAAAUAUUGUCAAAUUUUUAGAAAGUCUUUUGAUGAGAUGGCAGUUUAAGUGGGGGUUAUUGGUUCUAAUACUUAAGUCGAUUUAUAAUUUUUUUUUGGAUUUAGAAAUCAUUGACAAAUCCCUUUAUUUUAAAAUCAAACAAACAGAUUUCAAAAUCAAUGAUAUAAAUUUCCAAAUCAAAAUAAGUUGAUUGUUAUAAAUGAAUGAAAUGGAUUUUCAAUUGAAGUUCUCAUUGCAUAAUAGGGCAUCUAAUUCAUCACUUACAUGCGACAUUUACAUUUUCUUUUUCUGGAGUGUAUUGAUGUCUACGAAAUUCUGAAUUCAUGUUGAUAAUGUAUACAUUUGACUAAAAAGCUUAAGAACCUAUCAAAAGAAGCAUGGAGACAUUGCUAAGUUCGAAAAAGUAUAAUGUUCUUGUUUCAUUUAUUUGAUGGUGUUUCUUUAUGAUUUGUGAUUGGUUAUGUUACUUGAAUCACAAUAAUAUAAUAAUUAAUUUUAAUAUGUUGGUAGGCAAGACACGUUUUGUUUGUAUGGUUACUCUCAGGUGUCAAUUUAAAAUUGGAAGAAGUGCCAAUAAUAUCUCUCUUCACAAGAGACAACCAAUCCAUCAUUUCGGAAGAAUACGGUUUCGUAACGAUACAAAGGUAACGCCGCCAUCCGAGUCUCGUGUCGGUACGGCGAGAAGGUAAAACACUCCGGCCAACUGCUUAAACUCCUCUGCUCCAUUGAUGAAACGUCCGACGGACAAAGUUAGAGUCUUUGGUGAGAAAGACGCAUAAACUGAAAAACAAUAUCAUCAACAUUCCAGCAGGUCUUAAAAUAGUGAAGAAACACCUCAGAAAAAACAAAUCAUUUUCGUCAAUAAGGACUCCGCCGUCUUCUACUGUGGCAACAAAAAAAGAAAAAAAAAACAUCGUCUGAGGCACGGAGACGGAAUAACCCUCUUCUGCAACAACAAGAUAGCAUAAAAGUGACAUCCUACACGAUAAUAUGAUAAAUAACCCCAGCUUCGUUUGUAUGUAUUUUACAAUAAGUUUGUGUGCAAGACAUGUCCCUGAUGCAAAUUCUGAACAUGAACAAAAGAUAUUAUAAUGAGGUUUAUAUCAACCACGUGACUUGGGACACAGAAAAAAUAUAAGGAAAUGGAAAAAAAAAACAAUAAUGCAAAUCCAAUCAAAAUAACAAAGUUUAACUUGAUAUUUGUUUUCUUGUAUUUUACUCUUAAAAAUACACAUAAAUCCACUCAAAUCAAAAUCAAAACCAAAUCUUCAAACAAAUCAAUAACAUUGAAUAACACUUGAUUCUAAAAUCUGUUUAAAAAUCAUAUAAUUAAUAACACCAUAUUUAAAAUUGAAUUUUGAAAUAGUAGAACCAAUAACACUUGAUUUGGAUUGGAUUUUCAAAUCCAUAAAAAUACAUAAACCCAUAACACCCUCUAAACCACCAUACGCUAACAAUCCACAUUUCACUAUCAAUUCCAUUAUUUUGAUAUUACAUUUCGAGACGAUUUUGUUUACUAAUUCUAGAGAUCUCAGGGAUAGACAAAGAGCUACUUCGUCACUACACACAGAGCAAAGGAAGGAGGUUGUCGUCAUUCCUGGUCUGAUUAUUUGCGAAAAUUUUAAUGAUUAAAAGGGUGAAGUGAUGAAUUUCACAGAAUCCAAUACCCUUAUUUAUAGAUCUAGACUUGUUAAUAUGGAAGAAAAAAGAGGUGGUUUAAAUAAGACGUAGUAGUGGGACGAAUGGUUUAUCAGCGAUUAAUAAGAAAUUUAAUAAGAUUGAUUGAAUUCAAAUGACAGCCGUUACGCCAUUGGGCUUGAGAAGCGGUUGAGACAAAGAUCUGGAAUACCUUGACGAAACCCAAAUAAGCCCAAUAAUGCAAAUCGUGAAAACCCAAACGAAAGCAACAAUAAGAAACACAUGUCGGUUCUUUAAUUUCCUAUUUGAUGAGGGCAUCCCCAUUGAGAGUUCAACGGGGGAGUUCACACGGUUUUCGAAAAAAAAAAAUUAUUAAAAUAA